CCUAAAUAAGAAAUUAAAAAUUAAUUUUUUUUUCUCUCGAAAGUUUGCCGAGAAAUAUUUAUUUCUUCGAAAGAGUGUUUAAAUUUUUGUGUAAAGAAAGUUGAAAAAAAAAUUUUUUUAAACGAACUCGAAAGUUUUAUAGUUUACUGUUUUAAAAAAGAAAGUUAGGUGAAUUGAAGCAAGUUUAUUCUUUUUUUGUCACAACCAAUUUGCCAUUAAAAAAAUGCAGCUUCCAAUGAAACUUGGGAUUGCUGGAGGGGUGAUGUUCUCUCUUUCAGUUUUCUUCUUUAUGAUUGCAUUUCCGAAAAUUUUAAAAUCAGUUAUUCACAAGAAAAGUUCUUUGUACCCUGGAAGUGAAAUCCGUGAAUUGUGGUCGGAUUUACCAAUUCCCAUAGAUUUUAAAAUUUACAUGUUUAACAUAACAAAUGCUGAAGAUAUUGAAAAGGGUGCAUAUCCACAUGUUAAGGAAGUUGGUCCAUUCUUCUAUGACGAAUGGAAGAAGAAAGUAAACUUGAUUGAUCAUGAAGAAGAUGACACAUUGGAGUACAACAUGAAAAAUUGGUGGGUCUUUAAUCCGUCAAAGAGCAACGGAUUGACUGGAGAGGAGGAAAUAAUUUUCCCACAUGUACUUAUUCUAGGAAUGGUUAUGGGAACCCUUAGAGAAAAACCAAGUGCCAUUGGAAUAGUUGGUAAGGCAAUUAACAGCAUUUUCCACAAUCCAAAGUCGAUAUUUAUUAAGGUUAAAGUAAAGGACCUUCUUUUCGACGGAUUACCUAUUGAUUGCACGGUGACUGACUUUGCUGGCAGUGCUGUAUGCAGUAUUUUGAAGGAACAAGGUGAAGAUGACUUGAUAAAAGAAGGUGAAGGACGUUAUAGAUUUUCCUUUUUCGGUGCCAAAAAUUACUCGACCUAUAAGGAAAGUUUACGAGUUUAUCGUGGAAUAAAGAAUCCAGAUGAUGUUGGAGUGGUUACGCAUUAUGGUGGAAAACCAGAGAUGACAAUUUGGAGAGGACCGGAGUGUAAUAAAUACGAGGGAACAGAUUCAACCAUUUUCCACUCCUAUUUUUAUGCAGAUGAAGAUUUGGUUUCGUUUGCUCCGGAUCUUUGUCGAAGUUUGGGAAUAGAAUCUCAAGGCAAGAGCAAGUACGAGGGCAUUAAAACGAAUCGGUAUGCUGGUGGUCUUGGUGAUACGAGCUCUGAUCCAAAACUUAAAUGCUUCUGCGAAACAGAUGACACUUGCCUUAAGCAAGGACUUUAUGAUUUAACAAGAUGCGUUGGAGCUCCCAUUGUUGCAUCACUUCCUCAUCUUUAUGACGUUCACGAAAUGUAUCUCAAAAAUGUCACUGGAAUCAGUCCCAACAAGAAUGAUCAUGAACUCUUCGUGGACUUUGAACCAAUCACUGGCACACCAGUGUCUGGAAGAAAACGACUUCAAUUCAACAUGUUCAUUCAACCAGUGGAUAAAAUCAAAUUAAUGAAAAACUUUCCCUAUUCUUUGCUACCACUUAUGUGGGUUGAAGAAGGUCUCGCUCUCGAAGGAGAUUUCCUCAAGCAAUUCAAAGCCGUUUUUCGAGUUUUCAAAAUCAUCGCGGCUAUCAAAUGGAUUUUAUUCUUUGCCGGAUUAGGAUUGGGUGGAACAGCAGGGUACUUGCAAUAUAAACAAAAAAAGGCAAAUUCCAUGGAAGUUACAAAAGUGACAAAAAGUGCAGGCAGUAAAGGCAGCACUACGGUAUCUGCGCUUGGUGGCGAAGGGGGGGAGGAGAAAAAACAAUGGCCCCUUAAUGUUCAAACACUUCAAUCAGUGAAUUCUCCACCAAAUGUGGAAAGAUAAAUUUUUUUUCUUUUUUCAAGAAAAAAAUUAAACAAAACUUUUUAAUUUUUUUUUUUUUAAAUUGCGUUACAAAUUUCUCUUUAUAGAGAAAAUGUCAAAAGUUCCUCAUGAAAAUUUAUAUUAUUUAGCCUAAUUUCUUUUUAAACUAUACCCAUGAGAAAUAUUUUAACUAUACCGCAUUUUUGCCAUUUGCGUAUAAAUUAUUUUUAUUUAUCAAUUAAAAUACUUUGACAAAUUUAUUUAUUUUGUCAAAGUAUUUUUCAUAUUUAAAACAAAAAAUUAUUAUUUUCUUCAAAAAAAAAGGAGAGUAAUAAUUUA